CAAAAAUACGCAAAACGUUCAGCCUCGUCUCGUUUGUGAAUCGUAAUUUUUCCACAAAAUCAGUGCAAAAAUAGUGUUUAUCCACAGCGUUUCUACUCUCAAACGAUGCACUAACAGCUACGCCUCCGAACCGUAAUAAAUUCAACCAACAGUGCAAUGUCCCUGUUCCGAAAACCGAAGAAACCGAUCCAGCGACGCGUUUUCACCAGCUACGAUGACGAUGAAGAAGAUACCGCUGCCGAGGGCCACCACCCUCGGCUGUCCGCCCAGACACAAUCGUCUUCGUCCCCGAGUGUGGGCGGCGAGGGGGUCUUCGGGCCUAGUCCAGCUUUCCCCAUCAAGCCGCCGCCGUCCUCGUACCAUGAUGGCCUCGCGAUGGAUGUGGAUUCCGUGACGGCGCCACCCCCUCCCUCGAUCAGCUUCAAAACCUCGUCCAAGAACAAGGACAAGAAACAGCCGAAGCCGGGGUCGGCCAACAGCAGUCGGUCUUCCUCGACCGCUGCUACCAAAUUGUCCUUGCUAAGUUUCGAUGAUGAAGAGGAAGGCGAAGUAUUCCAAGUAAAAAAGACAUCCCAGAGCAAAAAGGUGAUGAAAUCACUGGACAAGGAACGUCGCCGGAAGCGUCACGCUGAGAAGAAUGGGUUUUCGACGAGCUCGUCUUCGUCGUUUUCCUCCACCAAAGCCGGACGAUCAAGCAAGGACGAAACAAACGAAGAAAAGCAUGCCCCUCCGCAACCACCAUCUGAUAAAGAUAAAUUAAAAAAGGAAAAGUGUGAAAAUACUAGUUCUAUUAUCCAAACAGAAAUACGCACAGACGACUUUGUGCUUGUGGUCAAAAAGUCCGAUCCCGAUAAUCUCAUACUGAACGGACGGGCUGCUCUGUGUGCUGGCCGCGAUGAUAUGUCCUCGGAGGACGAGGAAGGCGACAACGACGAGGAACAGGAUGGCGAAGACCACCAUCACCGUUUCGCAAAACCGGAUAACUUCAAAAUGUACCUCGAGAACGGGGUCAUCCCUGAUGCAGCGAUGAUCCAUGCUGCCCGUAAACGUCGUCAGAAGGCUCGUGAGCAAGGUGAUUUCAUUCCGAUUGAGGAAACAAAAGAGGAUAAAACCAAAAAGCGAGUGGUUCGUGAGGACGGCGCGGGUGACGGUUCCGAUGAAGAUGAUGAUCGCAUCGAUAUGGCUGCCAUAACCGGAGCUAAAGAGCGAGAAGAAAGACGUGAACAGUUUUACUCCGUUCAAAGAGAAGAUUCUGCAGAAGAAUCGGACUAUGAAACCAAGGAGUGGGAAAAUCAACAGAUUCGAAAAGGUGUCACCGGAGCGCAGCUCGUGUCUGCUCAUCAGGAAUCGGUGAUUUCACAGUACAUGAUCCAAGGUUAUCAACAGCAUCCGUUCACAACAGCCGAUGAUGAAGCUAUCUCGACGGCCGCCUUACUGGAGCAGGCCUACGCUAAAAGCGGAAACAUUGGACUCACAAAACUGAGCACUCGUGCUGCGUCGUCCGAUCUUAUUUCGAAUGUAAAAACCGCUGGCAAACAGGAUCACAAAGCAACUGGUCCCCGCAUGCCCCAGGAAAUAUUGAAACAACUUAGCGAUAGAUUGGAAACGACUCGGGAUCUAAACUACAAACAUAUCAAUGACAUCGAACGAAUUACAACGGAGGUGAAGGUACUUAAGCUAGACCAUCUGCAGAGCGAACAGAAAGCGCCAGCAGCCGCCGGUCGUUACCGAUUCUAUCAGGAAAUCAAAUGCUACGUUUGUGAUUUGGUGGAAUGUUUGGACGAAAAGCUACCGCAAAUUAUAACCCUGGAACAGCGUGCCAUCGCGCUGACCAGUAAAUAUUCGACGAUGCUGAUUGAACGGCGCCGACAGGACGUGCGAGACCAGGCUAAGGAAAUGGCUGAUGCUGGCAAAAACAUCAAACGAACAAACGACGAUCCGGAAAGGGUUCGACGGGCAGCAGAACGUGAGGGUCGCCGAACGCGUCGCAGGAGAGACCGUGAAAAGAACGAAACGUCCGAAUCCCAUCUGGAUGGUAUGUCGAGCGAUGACGAAGUUGCCGACGUCGAUGUCAACCAAUUUAAAGCGUCACUCAAAGAGGUCGCAGCGGAAGCGUCAACGAUUUUCGAAGAUGUUACCCGGGAGUACUGUGAUGUGGGUGAAAUUUUGGACAAAUUUCAAAGCUGGCGGGAGGCCGAGAUGGGCGCUUAUAAGGACGCUUACGUGAGUCUGUGCUUGCCCAAGUUGUUGGGUCCAUUCAUCCGUCUUCGACACGUUUGCUGGAAUCCGGUCAGCGGAGAAGAUGAGUUCGAUUUCGAGCGCCAGGAUUGGUAUCGCAGUUGCAUUCUGUAUGGGCGGUCGUUCGAAGAAACUGAAAGUAGUCUGGCGGAAGAUCCAGACGUUCGUUUGGUACCGACUUUAAUUGAAAAGAUAGUUCUUCCCAAGUUGACGGUGCUUAUUCAACUCGUGUGGGAUCCACUUUCCACAACCCAAACGCUCAAACUUGUGCGUUUGAUCAACCGAUUGAGCAGAGAAUACCCUUCGCUGAGGCGCACCUGCAAACAACUGCGAAACCUGUUUCAAGCUAUUUUGGACAAGCUUAAAGUGGCUAUCGACAACGACGUUUUCAUUCCAGUGUUUCCAAAACAAUUGCAAGAAGCCAAGUCAUCAUUCUUCCAGCGGCAGUUUUGCAGCGGUCUCAAGCUGCUGCGUAAUAUAACCUGUUGGCAAGGUAUUAUCGCGGACACUGCCUUAACUGAACUGGCCAUCGGAUUGCUACUAAAUCGCUAUCUGCUGAAUGGGAUGCGUGUCUGCACUCCGACCGAUUCCAUCAAUAAGGCAUCGAUGAUUGUGUACACGCUGCCGCGAGUUUGGCUAUCGGCCAACUCCCCGGUAGUGCAGAACCUGAGCCAAUUUAUUGCCAUGCUGCGCAAUGUUGAAAAUCAUCUGGAUCUGACCAUAACGGGUCAUGGAGACCUAAUCGAAAAGGUAAAAAAGAUCUUGGUUAGUCUGCACGUGGCGAACUGAAGCUAACAAUCUGGAUAGGGUUAGUAUUACUAUAGCGUAGUCAUUUGAUGAAGUUAUUAAUACUUAAGACUAAACAAAGUUCAUCUUUGGCAUUUGGUUUUUGGAAACAAAAAAAAAUGUAGGUAUUGUGGUAGUUAAGAAAUGGUAUCAGUUUUUGUUACGAAAGUUUAGAGGAAAGGAUGUUAAGCUAUUUCUCUAAAUUUUCAUAAAUCUGACUGAUAGUUUCUAAAACUACCAUUGCUUAUAAAAUGAUUACGAUAUUUUUGCAUCUUUAAAAAAACAGCACUGAACUUUUCCAUACAGUAAUGAUAAAUAAUGAAAAAUUAAACACGGUUUAAAAACCUUUUCUGUUGUUUAACAAUGAAAAAGUGUACAUAAAAUUACUGCAUUGAAAAGCUCAUUGAUAGGGGCUGUACGGAACAAAUCCACUCAGAUUACACUCAAUUGAUAAAAAAAAAAACUCUGGUUCUAGUGAUGAAUUUGAGCUAAGGAACUAACCCUCUAAAAGUGCACCAACCAAUGAUACCGCGGCAAAUUUCGUCUUAGCAAGCACGUUAAAAACAAAACUCACCAACAGCCACAAUGCAAGUGUAAGUGGACUGUUUCCUUGUUGGGAUUUUUUUCCGAAAUAGGAAAUUAAGCGCUAGAAUAAACAUUGAAAUU